AUGUCAUCUGUAUUCUCACUGGUCUCUUUUAUUUAGUUUAUCUAGUGAGUAUUUUUAGUGUGCAUAGUUAAUAAAAGGAUAUUUUUCAUUUUUGCUAAUCUGGUGCUUCAGAAUCAUACGAUAUAAUUUAUAGUACUGAAUUGUUUUGUUACACGACCUGGCAGUUUUUAACUAUUUCCAAUGCAUUACAGCGCACCAACAUUACUUAAAACGAUUAUUUAUCAAUAGUAGGCCUAAUAGUUUUAUACAAAAGCAAGUAAACGUCAAUGGGGCGUUUAUGAUGUUAAUGAGUAGGACACCUCCCAUUACUUCGGUCUGUUUUUUUCGAGUCCCGAAGUGAAAACGGGGGAGGUGAGGCUGCUCAUUACAGGCUGGGUAUCAAAUUGCAGCCUUGUGAGAAGCGGCAGCCCGGCCGGUCUGAGCCCGUAGGCAGUUAGCGCGCCGCCGCUCCCGGUGAAGCAUGCCCGGCCCGCACGCCGAACCGCCGCCUUCACACCAGCAGUAAUAGGACUGUUCGGGGUUCGGGGAAGCGGAGAGCCGCGUCUCCUAAGCGAGGAGAAGCCGGUGGGCGCAUCAUUACGCGGAGGCCCUCACUGCACACCGAAAAGAAGAUGGCGGAGUUCUCCCCCGUCCUGCCGCUGCGCGAUGGGGCUUGUCGGCUGGGCCAGCCCCUGUUCCCCCGCUCCCGGUCCGGCUCGGAAUCGGAAAGCGAGCUGUCCCAGAGCCUGGCCCGCACCAAGACCCGAUCGUACGGCAGCACGGCCAGCGUGACGGCGCCAUUGGGGGAGAAAUACAUCGAGCAUCGAGUAACACACAGCGAUACCCUGCAGGGCAUCGCGCUCAAGUACGGCGUGACGAUGGAGCAGAUAAAGAGAGCCAACAAGCUCUUCAGCAAUGAUUGCAUGUUCUUGCGGAAAACUCUAAAUAUUCCUGUGGCCUCCGAGAAAGCCACCUUCCUCAAUGGACUGACUUUAGAGUCACCAGACAGCGAGGGCAGCGACAACUGCCUGGCCCAGGAGCGACCUCACGCGGCCCUGGACACAGGGGACACCUUGUCCACCCCGUCCUCACCUACGUCCAGCCCUCAGGAGACACAGAACCAGCCCCUGAAGCCAGAGGAGCUCUCAGCCCAGGACUACUUACAAAGGCUGGACCUGCAAAUCAAAAUAUCGAAACAAGCAGCUCAGAAACUUAAAGAGGAAGAUGACCGACACUGCCAAGUGAGAGGAAGAACCUCCCCACCUUUGAGAACAUUUAAGCUGGCUUCCUCUGAAGUUUCACUAGGAAGAAUUUGCUGAAGUGAUGGACCUGAUGGUUCAGACCCGACCACAUCUCAGGAGGAAAUAUGAGAAAGCGGAUUUAUUUUUGUUCUCUGAGAGUCGCUAGCUGAAUGACAAUGACACAUCUGACACCAGUAUCUCAUCUUUUGCUUUUCUAUAUAUUUUUUUUACAUCCCUUUACUGAGGUACAAAAUAGGAUUUUAGUUCAUAUCCUCAUGUUUGCACUUUGACAUGUCAUCUUUUUGCCUUUGUUGUUGUUGUUUGUUGUAUACCUCUGAGGUCUUUGCAUCAUAUGAAAGCUGUUUGUUUCUGACAUCAACACAACUGCUAUCGCGCUGUGUGGUCUUGAAGCUGCAGUACAGUUGAUUUAUUUCCUACGAAGACACAGGAACGCCAAACAAGGAGAGGUAAUAGCACUUUAUUCUGGCUGUCAAUGUGUUUCACUUAAAGCCUCUAAAGAUACAGUUGUCCUACAUAUAUACAGGUCUGUAGUCUUUCUUUGAUUCAUUAGGAGAUGUGGAUGGUUGGAAGCCCUAUUUUGUUGUAUUUAUUUUGCUUGUUCAAAAUCUAUUUACAAAAGGGACAACUUUAUUUUAAAGUUUGAAUGUGGUGUUAUUGUGAGACAAAUAUAUUUUAAAAUAUUCAGGUUUUAUUGUUUUAUUGUGCUCUUUCGUUUUGGGUGGCGAAAAAUAAAGUGUUUGAAAUCAGUCUUC